AUGAGUUCGUUUUGCGUUUCUUUUCUUUUAAUAACCCUUUUAGGGAUUGUGAUGUCAUAUAGAGAUCUUUCGGCCAAGUGCAAACUGUUCCCUUUAUCUUAUGGAUUUUGUAAAAUUAGCGCUCGAGGAUUUUCUUAUGAUGCUCGUAGGAAUGUGUGUCAUCGAGUUGUUCUUCGGUGUAUGGGAAGGGAUAAUUUUUUCUUUGACCAAGAUUCCUGCGAAUCAGCAUGCUUAAAGAAAAAAAAUAAGUAA